ACACACAUCGAUGAACCGGGUACGAGCCCCAAACCACCAACACCAGUGUGCCGAUCUUCGGUCGCAAAACUUCGGCGGCGGAGUACACAGUGUCAGGUUACCGCCGUCGUCUCCAGCUCGGUGCAGAAGGUGUACUACGAGGGCAGGCACGUACAACACGCGGAGACGCUAGAGCUGCGAGGCAAACGGAAGACUCGGGUCAGUCCGACGGUGGUCAGCGAGCAGUGUAGAGCAAGAGCAGUUGGUGCGCAUUCGUUGUGUGGUGCCAUUGUUGUUUUUUUGUUUUUGCGCAAGGGCACGUCUCACACGGGGUUUUUUUUUUUGGGCACAUCUCACACUCCCGCACUGAUUUCACCGAGACACACAUACGCAGACACAUCCAAUGGCUGGGCUUUUUAACCUGCGACGCUACGGUGCAUCUAUCGCCCGGCACCAUCUUCUAACCGGUGGUUCAACCCGUCGGCGCCCGCCACCGCACGCGAAUGUGUUCGGACGUGCACUGCACACCAGCUCGGUGCUGGACCGUGUCGUCUCCUUCCAUCUGUCCGACAUCGGUGAGGGUAUACGGGAGGUGACGGUGAAGGAGUGGUACGUGAAGGUGGGCGACGUGGUGGAACAGUUUGACAAUCUCUGCGAGGUGCAGAGCGACAAGGCGUCGGUGACGAUCACCAGCCGGUACGAUGGUAAAAUCGUCAAGCUACACCACAGCGUGGACGAGAUUGCACUCGUUGGCAAACCGCUGCUCGAUUUCGAUGUGGAAGAUCAGGCAGAGGACGAUAGUGGUAGUAGCAGCAGUAGCUCGGAUGAAGAGACUGAACGGCCGGCUGAUGCGAAACCGGCCGCUACUGCUGGACAGGUGCCGGCCGGUAAGGUGCUAGCAACGCCCGCCGUACGUCGGAUAGCGAUGGAAAAUAAGUUGGACCUGACGAAGGUACCGGCGACCGGGCGUAAUGGGCGCGUGCUGAAAGGAGAUGUGCUCGAGUUUCUGCAGGUCAUUCCGAAGGGUACGGUGAAGCCACAUCCGAGUCUGGUUGCAUCAAAGGACCAACGAAAACCCGAACCGUCCACACCGACACCGAUUGAUCUGAAACAGGCAGAAACGGUUGUACCGUUGAAGGGCGUUGCCAAGGCUAUGGUUCGUUCGAUGACGGAAGCGCUGAAAGUACCUCACUUUGCGUACUGCGAUGAAGUGGAUGUCACCAAGCUGGUCGAGGUUCGGUCCCAAUUGAAGGAGGAAGCGGCCCGCCAAGGUGUCAAGCUCACCUAUAUGCCAUUCUUCCUGAAGGCAGCCUCGAACGCGUUGCUCCAACACCCGAUACUGAACAGUUCCUUCGACGAGUCAUCCGAAAGCGUCAUCUACAAGACGUACCACAACAUCAGCGUGGCCAUGCAAACGCCCCAAGGUUUGGUAGUGCCGAAUGUGAAAAACGUCGAGCAGAAAUCGAUCCUUCAGAUAGCUAACGACCUAAACGCACUGCAGGAGCGUGGUGCUAAGGGUGCGCUCACGCCGAACGACUUUGCGAACGGAACGUUCGCACUGUCCAACAUUGGAAUUAUCGGAGGUACGUAUACGCACCCGGUCGUCAUGACGCCGCAGGUAGCUAUCGGUGGACUUGGCCAGACCCGGGUAUUGCCACGAUUCGACGAAGCUGGACGUGUCGUACCGGCGCACAUAAUGGUGGUCAGCUGGACGGCGGAUCAUCGCAUCAUCGACGGUGUAACGAUGGCAAGCUUCUCCAACCUGUGGAAACAGUACCUGGAGAACCCGAACCUACUAAUGCUGGGCGCCAAGUGAGGUACACCGUGUGCAAAGCACACCUGGUUUUCACGUAGACGACAUUCCCAAUCAAUGUGCCGAUAUUGCAUUUACUAGUUGUUUAAGGUUUAUAUUAUCUCCACCUAGCACGAGAUAUCGAACGACAACUGCCCAUGGAAGUGUGGCGGUGGUCCUAGAGUUGAAUAAUGUAUCGCAGAGCAGAGCUCGAAAUCUAUAAAACAAAAAAAACCCUUCGAAUUGCUGUGUAUGUGUGGUAUGUUUCAUAUUUGCCAUCUCUUCCCUACGACAUAAUACAGUCUUUCCCGACCAAGUCAAUAAACGUUAACCAACGUCCAGGAAGCGUAA